AUGGUCACUCUGCACACUGAUUUUUUGUGCCCCGAUUUAUUCUCAAUUUAUACGCAACAAGAAUUGCAAGAUCAAAUCUAUAAUCAAUUGAAUACUUUAAAGCCGCGGCCGUCUAUUUAUGAUCCAGAUUUUAUCGCAGCCAAUCAGUCGGAAAGAGUGGAUAAUAUUAUCAAAGGUACGAAGUAUGAACAGUUUGAGAAAAUAUGUCAAGAAAUAAGCGAUUUCAAGCAGCAAAACAACUUGGACAUUAUCGUUGUAUUGUGGACUGCUAACGCGGAAAGAGUUUGCGAUGUUAAGCCCGGCUUAAAUACGACCAUGCAUGAAUUGGAAGCAUUUUUGAAAGCUAACAAAGCUGAAAUACCACCAUCCACUGUUUUUGCCAUUGCCAGCAUAAACGAAGGCUGCACAUAUAUUAAUGGAUCACCACAGAAUACCUUUGUUCCCGGUCUUAUAGAACUAGCUGAACACAAGGAUGUCUUUAUAGCGGGCGAUGAUUUUAAAUCCGGCCAAACAAAACUUAAAUCUGUAUUGGUUGACUUUCUAGUUGGCGCAGGCAUAAAACCAGUAUCUAUUGUCAGUUACAAUCAUUUGGGAAACAAUGAUGGCAAAAAUCUUUCUGCUCCUCACCAAUUCCGUUCAAAGGAGUAAUGUAGUAGACGACAUGGUAGAAUCCAAUAAAAUUUUAUACGAAGCUAAUGAACAUCCCGGUCACGUGGUGGUCAUCAAAUAUGUUCCCUAUGUCGGAGAUAGCAAGCGUGCCAUGGAUGAAUAUAUUUCUGAAAUUAUGAUGGGCGGUCAUAAUACUUUGGUCAUAAUUGUGACGAUUCUUUGUUGGCGUCACCGUUGAUUUUGGAUUUAGUAAUUUUAGGUGGAAAAGGGCUGUGUGGGUAAACUACUUUUAAAGUACUACCUAUCUUUUGUAGUAAUUGUGCGUGCUAAUAGAAAGGUUUCAUUUUCGAGUUUUCGCUUUACAUAUGUAGAAUAACUAUGAGUC